AUGCUAAGUAGCAACUGGCAUUCGUCUCUCUACGAACUGACGUUACUCGCCGGCAGUCACAUGACUCUUGUGAAUUUCUCUUUUCCAAAGGGGCGUAAUCCAGUUUUUUAUUCAUAUCUAUCUAUCUAUCUAUCUAUCUAUCUAUCUAUCUAUCUAUCUAUCUGCCAUAGUCAGUUCAUAUCUAUCUAUCUAUCUAUCUAUCUAUCUAUCUAUCUAUCUAUCUAUCUAUCCAGUAUAUUCAUAUCAUCUAUCUAUCUAUCUAUCUAUCUAUCUAUCUAUCUAUCUAUCUAUCUAUCUAUCUGCCAUAGUCAUUUCAUAUCAUUCAUCUAUCUAUCUAUCUAUCUAUCUAUCUAUCUAGUAUAUUCAUAUCUAUCUAUCUAUCUAUCUAUCUAUCUAUCUAUCUAUCUAUCUAUCUAUCUGCCAUAUCUGUUUGUAUCAAUCUUAGUUUGUUCAUAUCUAACACUUUAUCUAUCUAUCUCUAUCUCUAUCUAUUUCUCUAUCUACGUUUGUUCAUAUCUAUCUAUCUAUCUAUCUAUCUAUCUAUCUAUCUAUCUAUCUACGUUUGUUCAUAUCUAUCUAUCUAUCUAUCUAUCUAUCUAUCUAUCUAUCUAUCAAUCUAUCUAUCUUAAUCUUGAUUCUAUCUAUCUAUCUAUCUAUCUAUCUAUCUAUCUAUCUAUCUCUCUAUCAGUUUUCACACUCUCUACAUAUCUUUCUAUCUCGGCCUGUUUACAUCUAUCUAUCUAUCUAUCUAUCUAUCUAUCUAUCUAUCUAUCUAUUCCAGUUUUUAAAAUCUUUCUCUUUCACUCUCUCACUGUCACAUAUUUUUUCUUUUUUUUUUAUUCCUUAAAUCUAUUACUUUCUUUCUCGGCCUUUCUUUCUUUCUUUCUUUCUUUCAUUUUUCUAAAACUUUCUGUGUUAUUUUCUUUGUUCAUUUCCUUCUUUGUUUUAUUUGUUCAAUCUUUCUUUCUGUCUUUCUUUCUUUCUGUCAAUAUCUUUUCAUUAUUUUUUCCCUCUUCUCAUUUCUUUCUUGUCUUCUUUGUUUUUCAUUCGUUCAAUUUAUUCUUUCUUUCUUUUUUCUUAACAUUCAUUUCUUUCUUUAUCACUUCCUUCUUUUAUUCUUUGUCCAAUCUUUCUUUCUCUCAAUAUCUUUUCAUUGCCUUUUCUUUUCACAUUUUUUCUUUCUUUCCAUCUUUUUUUUUUAAUUUGCCCAAUCUUUCUUUCAAUAUCUUUUCAUUAAUAUUUUUUUCAUUUCUUUCUUUCUUUCUUUCUUUCUUUCUUUUAUUCGUCCAAUCUUUCCUUCUUUAUUUCUUUAAUCUAAAUUAUCUAUGA